AUGGCUCGCACGUCCGGAGGGCUUUUUCGAUACAAUCUCCAAGAUCGUUCCGAGGGCUGGAGUGGUGGCAGGAGUCGAUGCUCAAUAUGUGGCAAGGGUAGGCAGAUGUCUUUCAGUAAGGAAGAAGCCAGAAGGAGAUUGACAAUGGGAGCUGACGAGGAACGAGAAAUGGGAUGGGCAACGGAAGAACGAGAACCACUGCCGCGCAGAUCUGACUUCCGCGAUCGGGCUGAAGCACGACGUCGAAGAUCGCUUUCCCAGGAGGCUCCUAGAAUAGGCCGUCAAGCUUCGGACACCUCUCUUGACUCCCCCGACCCGAAACACAACGAAGAUACCAGCUUGUGCGAAGCUGAGAUUUGUGAAGGAGGACUGAGGAAAACAAGUGUUAUCGUCUACCGCGACUCCCGUGGAAGAUUUGCCCGAGGGCCCCGCCACGAUUAA